AUGGUUAUUCUAAUUGGCUCUGAAGAAGCGAUAAAUAAAUUAUCUACAGCUGAAGUAGCAUUCGUUGGUCGAUUAACACAUGUAACUCCGAUUUUAUCAGUGCGAUCAUAUCCACCAGUUAACCAUUAUACAUUGAAAUUUGAAGAUGAAUUACGUCCAUUGAAAGGAUCGAUAUCAACCAUUUAUGAAUUUCAUUAUCAACAAAAAUUAAAGCAAGAAGAAAUAUCAGGAAAUCUCGAUCAAAUCAUUGACAUGAAAGCACCACAUGUCGGAAGACUUUAUGUCGCUAUACUUCAUACUGACGACAAUACAAUAAAAAUUUUAGUUGAAAUUAAUCAAAGUGAUUUAUCUCUGCUNAUGACUUUAUCAUUGGUGACAGAAAAUUUACCAAGGGUUGGAAUUGUUUGA